CACAUAAAGGUUGGAUAAAAUAUCUUCCAAGAGGGGAGGAUAAGCUUCCGUUGAUUUUCAUUCUCACAAGUCACAUACAGCAAAGCCGAACCUUAUCCUUUUGGAAAAUAUCUCUUCUUCUGCUCUGGCUCUACAUAUAUACCAUGAAAUAUUCCAAAACAUAAUAUCCAAAACACUAAACCAAUCUCCUAACAACAACAAAAAAUGCAAGGAGCUUUGUGUAUCAAACCAACCAUUCUUCCUCUUUCUUCACCACUUUUUUCUCCAAAGCUAACUAUUCUUCUUCCUCAGACCAUCACCAACACUAAAGCUUCAAGACUCUCAUCUCUGAGACCAAACACAUCAUCUCCUACAACCUCUGAUCCUCUCACCGUUGACUAUGACUCCCUCCUUUCUGUUUUCCCAGCCGAAGCAUGUGAAGUGAUCAGCGGAUAUGCAUGUUCAGCUGACAUUUCCCCUGAAGUCAAGCUUGAAACAAAGCCCGUCUCACGUUCCGUGGCUUCAGAGUCGGUAAACCGAGAAUACCUAGAGUACAACAACCCCAAAACUGUUUUCGCCGCAGAGGCAUGCGAUGAUCUUGGAGGAGAAUUCUGCGAACCUGACUAUCAAAAAGAUGUCUAUUAGAAGAAAACAGGAUUUGAAUGUGAUGUUGAUAUGUGUUUGUAUCUUUAUAACCACUCAUUAGUAUAUAAAAGAUAGCUUCACUUUAUCAAGACUGAAGUUGUGAACAGACCCAAGUUCCCAAAGUUAAUAAUACAGUAGUGAUUUAAAUUA